AUUUAGAAUAUUGCUGGAAAAUCCCAAAGUGUAAAUCUGCUUUGAUUUUGUCAAAUCUCAUCAAUUAAAGGAAUUUUUUUUUUCUUCUUUGUUUUAAAAGUUGUAAAGUCAAAUCGGAGGUCAAUGUUGUCACUCCACUUUCAUGGACAUGUCCUACGAGGAAUGUUGUGACAGGAUCCUCGAUGGCUUAUGUGCUUAAAACUUGGAAGUUUUUUGCAUCUGAGGUAAUAGAAAAUAUUGCGUAUCUCUUAUACAUGAACUUUAUAUUAAAAGUUUCUAUAAUUGGAACUGUUGUGUGAAAACAAAGGAAACGAAAUAACUUUCAGAUUCUCCCAACAGCCUGCCAAAAGAGGAACAAUAUUAUCGACAAAAAUACUGACUUUCCUUGAUUGUUUUCUUGACAUCAAAGUUUAAAACCCAUUUAAAAGGUUGAACCAUAUAAUACCAAAUAAUUAAGAUACAGGAUCGAUGCCAACGGUUUGGUGUGCUCUGAGAAGAUCAUUGGACUGCAGAAGAUCACAACUACCAUCAGAUGUGCAUGAUCCAAAUGACAACAAUAAUCUGAGCACUUCGACAAGAAAGCCAGACAGCUCUUGCUGUCCAAAAGCCAUAUCAGAUCUCAGAGAUGUUAUGAAACGCAGAGACAACAAGCCUCUUGUUUGCAGUAGAAGAUCCCUAGGGAGCAUUGAAUUCCUUAAACCUGUGACUCAUGAAGUACUUCUUGAUGAUUCAACCUGGGAAAUUAAAAUUAGUCGGUUUUAUGCUUCCAGCAAUGCCAAUGACAGAGGAAAGCAUGGCCCAACUUUUGUGGGUAACCUGAGGCUGGCAAACACCGACAAUAGAGGCCGCCAUCCCGUACCUCACUACGACUCCGGCAGGUCUACUUUGAUUAAAAUCCAUGGUGGGGGUUGCAGUGAUAUUCCUUCAGAGUGUAGAAGAUCUAUUGAGACAGAUUAUAAUGGUAAUUCAAAUCCAAUUUGCCAGAUAUGUGGUGCGCAGUUUAGAAAACUGGAUGCUGUUGAAGCACAUCAUCUGUCAAAACAUGCAGUCAUUGAACUUGGUGAAGGAGACUCAUCAAGGAAGAUAGUAGAAAUAAUUUGCCAAAAAAGCUGCAGGUUGAAGUCUGCAGAGAAGGAGUGCAGAAGGAUAGAGAGGGUCUUGAAGGUCCACAACAUGCAAAAAACCGUAGCCUGGUUUGAAGAAUAUAGAGAAACAGUGAAGAUUGAAGCUAGCAAACUACCCAAAAAGCAUCCCCGGUGCCUGGUUGAUGGGAAUGAGCUUUUGAGGUUCUAUGGCACAACUGUUGUCUGCUCUCUUGGCAUCAAUGGCUCCUCCAGCCUCUGCACUUUAGAUGAUUGUGGUGUGUGUCAAGUUUUAAGGCACGGAUUUCUCACCAAGAAGGAAUCCAAUGGUGGGGUUUUCACCACUUCCACAAGUGGAAGAGCAUUCGAAUCCAUUGAAUUAUAUGAGAAAGAUUCGUCUGCAAGGAAGGCUUUGAUAGUGUGCCGAGUAGUGGCCGGGAGGAUUCAUAGUCCUCUGGAGAGAAUUCAAGAAAUGGCAUCCUCAGGGUUCGACUCCUUGGCUUGGAGAAAGGGUUCUCAUUCCAACUUUGAGGAACUCUGUGUACUAAAUCCCAGAGCUAUCCUCCCUUGCUUUGUGGCAAUUUACAAACCCGAGUGAGAAGGGAUUUUUUUUGCUUUCUUUUUCUUCCAUAUUUUCUUCUCAGUUGCACUCUUUUGUCAAGGUACGUCGACGUUUUUGUGCUUGCACGUCCUGUUGAAGGCGUUUUCAAAACCAAUAUAUAUGUAGUUUAGAAAUAUUUUAAAACGAAAGGUAAUU